ACACGUCAUAUGGGUUACUGAGUCCUCAUUCCGUCUGUGGAAGCGCUAGAUAGCUGAUUCACCAAAGUAGCCUAUAGCCUUCAGUCGUCUGUUCACUCGAUGCAAACGACACUACAGCCGCUCUGAAAAACGUUUAACCUGGAAACGUUGAAACAAAUCGCCCACAGACAAUCUGCAAUCACACUGAAAUACAAAGAGAACUCUGCCAGUAGGCUAGACAUUGUACCAGCGCGACAGCCCAGUGCGUGACACCAGAAGGCACAGGGCGAGCGCAGGCUACUCUCAUCUGUGCGUAUCCCUCCGUCUAUAGCGAAUCCGGACAGGGCUCGCUCCUUACGGUCACUCCCCAUUCCAUUUAAGGUGCGACGACGGCUGAUGACGUAAAGAGUGAGGUGUGUGUGGGAUGGAAAAUGAACAUCAGUGAAUGAAAAAAGCGCUUGGAAGUCACUCAUUGCCCACAGAAACGGUGCCAGUUACAUAACUUGAUUUCACGAGUAAGGCGAGGUGAAAAGCUCUCUCUGUCUCUAAGUAAGAGAUUCAUAAUCUCUUUCUAUUGGAAUCGGCGUCUGGUUGCUCACCAAUGCAUGGUCCUCAUGACUCUGUUGAAGAUCUCAGGAGUUAGUCUGGUCAGCAGAUCAACCUUCAAGGCUAACCCAGGCAGCAGAUUGUCAGUGCACUAGACGCAGCUGCUAAGCUCAAUCACAAGCGCAGUGGUGUCAGACCCCCUUCCCCCCUGCACAGUGGCUAACGGUUAGCUUGGCUAGGUGGCAGCGACUAAAAGUUAGCCUGCUAGCCAGCAGAGGUCUGGGGGAGGAGAUACAGAUCACUGUUUCCAGGCGAGUGCCAGCACAGCCAGCGUGAAUGGCAUACGCUAGCCUUAACCAAGAGACUGGAUGGGAGAGGGCGUGAGCAUGGACAAUCUUAGCGAGUUUGGUGGCCUUUGUCCGUCUGGCCGGCGGGAAUGGGACACCAGCAGCUGUGUGGAUGAUCUUAUGGAUGAAGAUGAAAAAGACAGAGCAAAAAGAGCGUCGCGUAACAAGUCGGAGAAGAAGCGCAGAGACCAGUUCAAUGUGCUCAUUAAGGAGCUGUGCACAAUGCUGCAGGGGCAGGGCCAUCCUCGCAAGAUGGACAAGUCCACCAUCCUGCAGCGGACCAUCGACUUCCUCCAGAAACAGAAAGAGAUCACUGCUCAAACAGAAUCAUGUGAAAUCAGACAAGACUGGAAACCUUCAUUUCUUAGCAAUGAGGAGUUCACCCAGUUGAUGCUGGAGGCUUUAGAUGGUUUCCUCAUUGCACUCACCACAGAUGGGAACAUCGUCUACGUGUCUGAUAGUGUAUCUUCAUUAAUUGGCCAUUUACCGUCAGAUAUGGUGGACCAAAACAUUCUGAACUUCCUCCCGGAGCGGGAGCAUGCCGAGGUCUACAAGUUGCUUUCCUCACACAUGCUCAUGACAGACCCCAUUGCUGCAGAUUUCCUUGAUGGUGAAACACACAUUGAGUUUUGCUGUCACUUAGCCAGGGGAAAUAUUGACCCCAAGGAGCCUCCGACCUAUGAGUAUGUCAAAUUCGUCGGAGAUUUCAAGUUUCAUAACAAUGUGCCUACGUCGUCGUGUAACGGCUUCGAGUUGACGUUCCCCAGGACCCUGCAGUCCACCCUGGAGGACCAGGUCUGCCUUGUGGCCACGGUGCGCCUUGUCACCCCACAAUUCCUCAAGGACCUGUGCAAUGUUGAAGACCCAUGCGAUGAGUUCACGUCCAGACACAGCCUGGAGUGGAAGUUCCUUUUUUUAGACCACAGAGCCUCUCCUAUCAUAGGCUAUCUGCCAUUUGAGGUCCUGGGCACCUCUGGCUAUGAUUACUAUCAUGUGGAUGACCUGGAGCUCAUAGCAGAAUGUCAUAAACAUUUGAUGCAGUUUGGGAAGGGUAAAUCAUGUUACUACCGGUUCCUCACGAAAGGCCAGCAAUGGAUCUGGCUCCAGACCCACUACUACAUCACCUACCACCAGUGGAACUCCAAGCCAGAGUUCAUUGUCUGCACACACGCUGUAGUCAGCUAUGCUGAAGUGCGGGCAGAGAGGAGAAGGGAAUUCGGACUUGAAGAGAGUUCCACUGUUAUGGCUGCCUCUUCUAUGAAGGGGCAGGAAGUCUACAUGUGUCCCCCUUUGGAUGCUCCGGCAGAGAGAAUCAGUGGGGCCCACUCAGUGUCCUCUCACAGUUCCCGCAAGUCAUCACACACGGCACUGUCAGACUCUGCCUCUAACUCUGUGUGCACGUCGUCAAGGAAAUCAGCCUCCAUUGGACCAGAAAAGGGUUCCAGCAGAAUGUCACAAAGUGGCUCAAAGGUGCUGAUCCAGAGACAGGGCUCAUCAGAGCUCCUCCCCCUUUCACCCUCCUGCAGUCAGCACUCCGUCAUGCAGCAGCAGCAGUCGUCCAUGUACGGGUUCCAGGAGCCACAGCUGGGGGUGAUGCACCAGCUGAAGGAGCAGCUGGAGGAGAGGACGCGCAUCUUGCAGGCCGACAUCAAGACCCAGCAGCAGGAGCUGCACGACAUUAAAGAGAAGCUACAGCUGGCAAACUUACAGAUGUUGCUACAACAACCGCUCCACAGUGAUUUCCCCUCGCCGCCGCCCCAGCAGCAGGGCCCGGGGCGGCCGUCUCAGCACGGCCAGUCGGGUGUGAUCAGGCAGACCACAGGGCACCCCAAACCCCCCAUGUGUGGACCUCACAGCUCCAUAACCCCACACGCGCUACUGAGAGACGCAUCCAACAGCUCCUCACCACAGCAGCAGCAGCAGCAGCAGCAGCAGCGACUGGGCAUUGGUGGUUCUAUGCAGACAGUGAGCUUGCCCGUGCAGACCCAGACCAGCCUGACCAUGCCCUUCUACAGCAACCCCAUGCUCUUCUCCCACACCAACCGUCGGUCCCUACAGGAGUCCAGCCAAAGACAAGUCGACACCACACACUACGGACAGGACGGACAGCUACGGAUGCUGCUAAACCAGCCCAUGCAGACACUCGUGCAGGAUGGCAGUGGGUCUACCCAGUCCUCACAAUGCAAUGCUGCCAUCCAGCAAACCAAAUACUCUCUUGAGCAGCAGAUGAUGCCGCCCUCAUUCCAGCAAAUGAACUGUAAUGCUGUGUUGGUGCCCUCGGCGGUGCCUGUCUUCACCUCGCCCAUCAUGAUCCCCCACAACACCUUCAUCACCCACCAGGCCCAGGCCACCUACCAUCCUCAUCCUCAGCACCCGCCUCAGCAGCAACAGCAGCAGCAACUACAGCAGCAACAGCAACAACAGCACUUCUUUCAGAUGCAGCCCCAAGGUCUCUUACACAGCAGUCAAACUCAGGCCUUCUUCCACACCACUAAUGUCCCACAGCAAGGUGCUGUGGGCUACAUCCAGCAACAGCCACAGCAACAACAGCAGCAGCAACAACAACACCAUUCCCAGACUCAAGCAGGCAGCCUAUCAGACUUCAGGAACUUGCUCCAGCGGUAGCCACGCCUCCUGGGGAAAGAGAGGCUUAUGACCGCAUUGAGCACUUGGCCAGGGGUGAGGGGCACCGUUUUAAAGGGAUGCUGGUGAAACAAAAACAAAUAAAUGAAAUGAGUCGAAGGAGGCUCUCUCUCUCUUUGUCAAGGAGA